CGCGGCUAUAUAGUGGGUUUUUAAACGAGUGACUAGGCACACUGAAGCCCUAACAACCAUCCAUACGUAUUAAAACAGACGGGUUGGACAAUAUAGACUGAAAGCACCAAAUAUCUGGAAGGUACUGAAGUGUCCCAGGAUAUAGCUUCUCGCCCAGGUCCGUGUGGAUUAACUUAAAAAUGAGAUGAAAUGUUGUUGACCAAAUACGUGCAUUGAUAAAAUGCCAUUGAAAAAGCAGAGAUGUGUGUUUGGAGUGUUAACCACUGCAACAGUCUUGCUAUGUGUCGCAUACUUUCGAGAAAUAAGAUAUACCCUAUUUUUAACCAAAAAGAAUCAAGAAAGACUUCAGUAUGAUUCCACAACAUCGACACGUAUCAAAGUACUUCCACCAGCUAAAACGAUGCUUCUGUACAACCCAAAACAUUGGGAGACGGCAAUCUGGAAAUCCUUUACAAACACGAGCUUUUGGGAGAAUUGUCCAUAUUCGUGUCAAAUUACAACAGACAGAAAACUAUAUAAUAAAAGUGAUGCAGUGGUAUUUGUGAUUGACUUAUUAGGAGGGGGUAAUUUACCGAAGAAAAUGCCCCAACAAGUCUGGAUAUUUGCUCAGUACGAAUCUACCGAUUAUUUGAUGAAAGAGAUUGGUAGCCAGUUCGUCACAAAGGGGAAUCUGGAGAAAUAUAAUCGCAGAGUGAACUGGACGUUGAGUUACAGGAGAGAUUCAGACAUUCCAUUCACCCAUGGUUCUUAUGGAGCGAAGAGAGGGAAAGAAAGAAAAUAUGUAGACAAUAAAUAUGGCGUAGCUUGGUUUGUGUCACACUGCAGAACGACUUCUAAAAGGGAAAACUAUGUUCGUUUGAUAAGGAAAACUACCGAUGUGGAUAUAUACGGAUCAUGCGGUUCCUUAAAAGCUCCUAAUUGUCCCAAAACAAGAGGAGAUGCCAUCCGGGAAUGCUGGGGUUUAUCACCGAGUAAAUGUUACGACAUUCUAGAUAAGAAAUAUUUGUUUUAUCUGUCAUUCGAAAACGCACUCUGCCGAGAUUACGUCACAGAGAAGGGACUUCAUCACGUGACUCAACACCAAGUCAUCCCCAUCAUGCGGGGAGGGGCAAAUUAUUCUAUUUUCAGCCCUCCAAAAUCCUAUAUUAAUACAAGAGAUUUUUCAUCUAUAGAACAUUUAUCAAAAUAUCUUGAAAGUGUCGAGAAGGACAAAAGUUUACAACAUAAUUUUCUGAACUGGAAGGAAUACUAUGACUCGAGUUACCCCAUUGAGAACUGGCGUAAUAAUAUGUGCAAUAUCUGUCAACGACUAAAUAAUCCCAUGAAAUAUUCAAGAAUCUAUGACGAUAUUUACAAGUGGAUUGUUACACCAAAUAAUAAACCAGGAUGUUUUGUACCUACUGAUUUGUAAUCGUUCAGACAGUUGUUACUUUGAAAUAUUUCGCCCUUGAAUAUCAGAUGCAAUUCCAAUCCUAUCAGACAUUUUACAUUAUUAAUAUGUUCACGCAUAAUUCCAUUAAAUUUCUGCACCCCUGUUAUGUUUCAUGAGAGCUGCGAAAUGAAAUCACCAAUCUAGAAAUUCAUCAUUCCUGAUAAAUGUUUGAAAUCUA